AUGUCGCUCUUUGGCAGCUCUCCGCCGGAUGAAUCGCGGUCGAAUCAAUUCACCAACAGCAGAUCCUCCCUGUUCGAGGACGAGCCGCCCAUGACCAGGUCGACAAGCACGGCCCUGUUUGCCGACGACGAUCCCGGCUCGGACUCUCCCUGGGACAUGCCGACACCUCGCAAGCAGCAGACGCGCGCCGAGGUGAUCCGCACUCUGCUCCCCGCCUCCGAUGUCCCCGACCACUACAUCGACGCAUUUGACACCCUCGUCAGCGAGCAUGGCAGCGGCGGCCGCAUCACAUCUGGCGGAAUCGCGAGAACACUUGCUGCCGCAAAGCUUGGUGCUGACGCGCAGGCGCGGAUAAUGGGCAUUGUUGCGCCGGGCGGCGGCGAUCGCGAGGAUGGCUCUCUGGACAGGAACCAAUUCAACGUUCUGCUGGCCUUGAUUGGCCUGGCGCAGGAAGGCGAGGCCAUUGGUCUGGAUGGCAUCGACGAGCGACGCCGGAAUCUCCCAAGGCCGGACCUCCACGGUCUCAUCGAGAGCACGCCCGCGUUACCACAUCUUGAAGAACUUGUUGCGAAGGCUCCUCAACGACCUGCGACACCCCCGAAAGCCCCCGAACCCGCCUCCCCCGAGCGGCACCGCACGGUCAGAAAGCCGACGAUGGACUACCCCGAAGACCCGUGGAACACACCCGACCUGCACAGAAACCACAGCCACGGCCCUGAGCCGCCGCGGCCAAAUGGCCAUGAUGCACCAAGCUUGGCUGCGAGCACAAACGGAAACGUCUACGGCACCAGCCCACAAGCGACUCUCCCCCGCCGGACAACGUCCACAUUUACCACCAGUGCGCCGCCGUCGGGGGCCGGCUCGGUAGCGGAAGCCGCCAGUGCAUGGGGUUUCCUGGACGGCCAGCCGGCCUCGGGCGGCUUCAACGACCAAGCACCAAAUGCCGCAGCACCGUUCGCGGGCGCUGGUGGCAGCGGGGCCCCGCGGGAUCCGGCCGGUCUCCAGCCGGCGGCACCGGCUCCCAACAGAACGAUUGGCGGCGGGCGGACGGGGCCCACCGUGGCGGACAACAUCGUGGUGACGUUAAUGCCCGAGAAGGAGGGCAUGUUCUUGUUCCAGCAUCACAACUACGAGGUCACCAGUUCUAGGAGGGGAAGCAAAGUCAUUCGGCGGUACAGCGAUUUCGUCUGGCUCCUUGACUGCUUGCACAAGCGGUACCCAUUCAGGGUGCUACCGUUGUUACCGCCGAAGCGGGUCGCUGUCAACGGGAACCACCUGUCCAAUGACGGUGCCUUCAUCGAGAAGCGGCGGCGUGGCCUGGCUAGGUUCCUCAAUGCCCUGGUCCGGCACCCUGUCCUGAGCCAGGAGCAGCUGGUCGUCAUGUUCCUGACUGUCCCAACCGAACUUGCUGUUUGGCGCAAGCAAGCGACCAUCUCGGUACAAGACGAAUUCACGGGCCGACCUCUACCCCCCGGCCUGGAAGACUCACUACCGCCGACGCUGGAAGACCUCUUCAGCCGCACCCGUACCGGCGUCAGGCGGAGCGCCGAGCUGUACAUCACGGUCUGCAACAUCAUGGACCGACUGGUCAAGCGGUCCGAGGGCGUCGCGGCCGACCACGCGCGCAUCGCCAUGUCCCUCAUCGCGCUGACGGAAGCGAGCGCCGACACGUACGCCACCGACACCAACGAGGUGCCGCUGCUCAACGACGGGCUGCAGGCCAUGAGCCGGCAUCUCCGCACCGCGCAGAGCCUGAUGGAGGACGAGGCGCGCGCGUGGGACGAGGGCGUCCUGGAAGAUCUCAAGCGCCAGCGGGAUGCGCUCGUCAGCCUGCGCGACCUCUUCGAUCGGAGGGAGCGGCUCGACAAGGACAACAUCCCCCAUCUCGAGAAGCGCAUCGCAGCCAACGAGACCAAGCUGGCGGCGCUAAGGGCGAAGCCAGAAGGCAUGGUCAAGCCGGGAGAGAUUGAGAAGGUAGUGGAGGCGAUUAUCAAGGACAAGGAGUCGAUCGUCACCCAGCAUAACCGCUCUGUCUUUGUCAAGGAGUGCCUCCGCGACGAGCUCACUUACUUCCAGCAUACGCAGUACAACGUCUCCCGGUGGAACCAGGAUUGGGCGCAGGAGCGGGUCAAGUAUUCUGAGAUGCUGGCCGACAACUGGCGCCGCUUGCUGGAUGGCCUGGAGGGGAUGCCGCUUGGUGAUUAGCGGGUCUUGAAGGAUUGAUAGGCUUGUAUGAGUGAGGGCUGUGGGCGGUUACCUGAUCCCGUCUUAACAUCUCCGUGGUGGCGGCGUGUUUGCUUUAUCUACAUAUGUUUGGGGGGACUGUUGGAAGAGCGCAAAGUAUAUAAGCGGGGAAGGGUUGAGACUGCGAUACCCUUUGGUCGAGCAUUGCUUUUGCCCGCCUGUUUUAUAAGACGGCGUCAAAUCAAAUAUGUCUCCAUGGAUGGAACUACCUACCUAGGUAUGUAGAUGGGUGUCAGUCUUCGGGGACAUUAGUUACCAUGACGAUGCUCCCUUUUUUGUUUGCUUCGGUUUAAGUU